CGGGCCCCGGCUCCGGCGCCGUCUUUCCUCCCGGGCCGGGCCCCGCGGCCCCGGCAUGAGGAGCGGGCGAUGAUCCCCGCCAACGCCUCUGCCAGGAAGGGGCCCGAGGGCAAGUACCCCCUGCACUACCUCGUGUGGCACAACCGGCACCGCGAGCUGGAGAAGGAGGUCCGCGCGGGCCAGGUGGACAUUGAGCAGCUGGAUCCCCGUGGCCGUACUCCCCUACACCUGGCCACCACGCUGGGGCACCUUGAUUGUGCUCGUGUGCUCCUAGCACAUGGUGCAGACGUGGGCAGGGAGAAUCGCAGCGGCUGGACAGUGCUUCAGGAGGCUGUGAGUACCCGGGACCUAGAGUUGGUGCAGCUGGUGUUGCGGUACCGGGACUACCAGCGGGUGGUGAAGCGGUUGGCGGGCAUCCCCAUGCUCCUGGAGAAGCUGCGCAAGGCCCAGGACUUCUACGUGGAGAUGAAGUGGGAGUUCACAAGCUGGGUGCCCCUGGUAUCCAAGAUCUGCCCUAGUGACACCUACAAAGUGUGGAAGAGUGGUCAGAACUUGCGGGUAGACACCACGCUCCUGGGCUUUGACCACAUGACAUGGCAGCGAGGGAACCGCAGCUUCAUCUUCAGGGGCCAAGACACAAGCGCUGUGGUCAUGGAGAUUGACCACGACCGCCGGGUGGUGUACACAGAGACUUUGGCGCUGGCUGGGCAGGACCGUGAGCUGCUGCUGGCCGCUGCCCAGCCCACCGAGGAGCAGGUGCUGAGCCGGCUCACCGCACCCGUUGUCACUACACAGCUUGACACCAGGAACAUCUCCUUUGAGAGGAACAAGACUGGCAUAUUGGGCUGGCGCAGUGAGAAGACUGAGAUGGUGAAUGGGUAUGAAGCCAAGGUGUAUGGGGCAUCCAAUGUAGAGCUCAUCACCCGGACACGGACAGAGCAUCUUUCAGAACAGCACAAGGGCAAGGUCAAAGGCUGUAAGACACCGCUGCAGUCCUUCCUGGGAAUUGCUGAGCAGCAUGGGGGCCCCCAAAACGGGACCCUGGUCACUCAGACUCUGAGCCAAGCCAACCCCACUGCCAUCACCGCAGAAGAGUACUUCAACCCCAACUUUGAGCUUGGCAGCCGUGACAUGGGCCGCCCCAUGGAACUGACCACCAAGACACAGAAGUUCAAGGCCAAGCUGUGGCUAUGUGAGGAGCAUCCCCUGUCCCUGUGUGAGCAGGUGGCCCCCAUCAUUGACCUCAUGGCUGUCAGCAAUGCGCUCUUCGCCAAACUCCGGGAUUUCAUUACCCUGCGCCUGCCACCUGGGUUUCCUGUCAAGAUUGAAAUCCCAAUCUUCCACAUCCUCAACGCCCGCAUCACCUUUGGGAACCUCAAUGGCUGUGAUGAGCCGGUGCCGUCUGUGCGAGGCAGCCCCAGCAGCGAGACCCCUUCCCCAGGCAGUGACUCCUCCAGUGUCAGCAGCUCCAGUUCGACGACCUCAUACCGCGGCUGUGAGAUCUCCCCGGCGUUGUUCGAGGCCCCACGUGGCUACAGUGUGCUGGGUGGCCAGCGGGAGGCAGCCCCCCGAGAUGAUGAUGACGACCUGCUGCAGUUUGCCAUCCAGCAAAGCCUGCUUGAGGCGGGCAGUGAAUACGACCAGGUCACUAUCUGGGAGGCGCUAACCAACAGCAAGCCAGGAACUCACCCCAUGUCCCACGAGAGUCGCCGACAGGACAGGUGUGCCCCGGAGCCCUCGACGUAUCUUACCCGCCCCCAGGAGCGCCCCGCCUACGCCUCAGCGCCAGCCGGCGCCCACGGCGUCGGUCCCCAGCCCCCGGCCCAGCCCAGGCCCAGGCCCAGGCGGCCACGUGUUCCGGAGCUACACCGAGCAGCUGCGGCUGGCCAUGGAGCUGUCGGCGCAGGAGCAGGAGGAGCGGCGACGACGCGCGCGUCUCGAGGAGGAGGAGCUGGAGCGCAUCCUGCAGCUCUCACUGACGGAGCAGUAGCGACCACUGCCCAGCCCCUCGGCCACGCCAUCCGUGACCCGCCCCGGAGCGAGGGUCGCCCCGGCCCGCGCGCCUGUCGAGCUGCGGCUGGAGACUGGAGCCGCCGCCUCUGAGGCUUAGCAGCGGCGCACCAGGCACCAGACGCCAAGGGGUUCAGCACAACCAGGGGUUACCUUCCCAGGCCAGGGCCCUGGAGGCAGCUGGCAUGGCCUGGUCCCCGUGCUUUGCUGUAUCCUGAACCCCCACCCGUCUCCCCUGGGCUCAGACCUGUCCAAGGUCAGAGCCGGUGGUCCUGACGGGGAGACGGGUCCUUAGAGGAGAAGUGUCCCCAUCCCUUUCUCCUCCAGGCUGGUCCUCCUCUGCUCCUGACCCACUCCAGGACACUGUCCGUGAAGCCUUUGCAUCUCCGCUCUUCACCCCUGGGGGCAGCUGAGCUCCACACGUGCUGUGUUGCUGCUUAGUCCCAGACACAAGCCAGCACGACCAGGGCCCAGCCCCUCCCCUACCCCGGCAUUUCAGCGACAAGUGCACUUAGCGGGGUGCCCGGCUCCCUCAGCCCCACACCCCUCCCAGGUCUCAGGGUGGUCCCAGCUUCUCCUUGGGCAGCCAGAGGUGGGAGUGUCCCCAUUCCCAAGGCACGUUUUUGUGAUCAGGGAAGGUGCCCGAAAUGGUCCCCGGGCCUGAGCAAGGCCUGGUUCCUUCAUGUUGUCUUGGCGAAUGGGGGGCAUAUUGGGCUGGAGCAAGCACUAGACCCUGUUUCUCGGCCCUGCUUAUGGGCAGGUGCAUCCUGGAGCUGUCGACAUAUCUUACCUGCCCGGGGCCCUGGCACCACCACCCACCCUUUCCCACCAGCUGCUGCUAGUCCUCUGUGGUUGUGCGUCCCACUUGCCCCCACCCAGGGGCUGACUUAAAAACCCUUCAUCCAAUGGUGCUAUCCCCCGGCUCGACCCUGCCCCACCCCACCCAUCCACCCAGAGAAGCACAGACCCCGCCAGGGCCAGGGGCCUACCGCACACCCUUGUUCGGGGGCUCUGGGACUGGCCUUCCUGGAUCAGCCCGUGAGGCUCAGAAGGGACACGAAAGAGAUGGAGGAAAAGAACAAAGAGAAACUGUUCCUCUCGCCCCCUUCCCUGAUGCCAGGGGCACCAGACUGAUUCUGAGGCACAAAUAAAAGAGGCUUCAAACCC